AUGGGCAAGACUGUAGGAACAGAAUAUGAUCAUUCAGGCUUGCCUCCAUUCAAAACCCUCUGUGAAUCGGUGGCUCUUUUGGAUGGAGUUGACUUUAACAACAUCUUUGAUCGAUUUUCCGAUGAACGACCUGCCGCAUUCACACGUUUCUUCCACUUCCAUGGCAUUGUGGCCAAUGUCAAGUUUGAAUCGGCGGGCAAUCAUGGACUCACUGGUAUCUUUCAAGGAGCCGAGCAUGGAGUACUCAGAUUCUCUCCAUUGGUCCCUUUUCUAAGGGAGCUGUAUCUGGUCAAUCACUUUCUUGGGACUUAUUUCUUCUCUUUUGGUAUCAAGUUCUUUCGGGAUGGUAUCCAUUCAGGAAACAUAAACACUGGUGAAUCUGUCAAAGGCUUUAGCAGCAGACCAGAACGACAGUUCUAUGAUCCACCAAAUCACAACAUUUUUUCAAGACCGGUGGACAACAUGAGUGGCCUUGGUGAUGCAUUUGUACCAUUAUUUGGUGAAUUUGAAAAGUUUGCUGGUGUCCUAUCCCCUGUGGAUGCAGCAGCUUACGACCAGUUUGGGAAUGAGGCAAACCCAAUCGUGGCACCAGUAUACACACAUUUCCGGCCAAAUCCAGAGUAUCUAGAACGGUUUGGCGAUGGAAGCUUGGAUUUCCGCCAAUGGGCUACCCGCGAAGAUGCUGUCAAACCAGGAGAAGUCAUCUACUCUGUACACACCACUGUCAUGAAAGAUACACGAGAACCAUCUCUCUGUGUCGAUGAUGAGGGAGUCCCAUUGGGGUAUCAAGAAGAUGUCAACAUAUACUGUCCAGAGCAGGAAGUCAUCCUGAUCGGGAAUGUUGUUGCCAAAUCUCGCUUUUAUGCUUCACAGUGGCCCGAUGACUGGCUAUUCUUUCAGCACCAUCGCAUGUGCCCCAAGGAUCAAAGCGUAUGCACUGUUGAUAAUGACCCAACAACAAACCUACCCUACGGUCCAGAUCUGCUGGGACUUGGGAAUCCUGACACAACCUAUCCCUAUCAGAAUGCAGAGUUUUGCAGAUCAACAGAUGACAAAAGUGGCCAGAUUUCAAACAUACCACCAGAAUGCCCCUUUGGGUCAAUCUUUGUCAAAUCAGACUGCUAUGAAGGCCAACCAGAACGUGUGGAAGCUGUGCAGAAUCAAACUUGUACCAUGAUGGAAAAGAUUGCCGUGUUCAUACUGACAACAAGGCCAGACGCGGAUCUCUCUUUACCAGCAUGUGACUUUGGAUUCACUGCACUCAACACUUUCCUCACAGUCUUCCUCACAUACUCCUCCCCUGCAAUACGAAGCUUGAAUGCAGUCUUUCCACCUGGCAAGCCUGUCAUUGAUUUUCUCAUUGGAUUGCUUCCCUUUGGCGGUCAGUAG